AAGGAAUUGGAUGCCAACAACUUGUUUAGUUCGUACCAAACUGUCAAACUUUUUGCCUCACCAGAAAAGAAAAACGGUUCUAAUUGUUUCUUUCAUUUCUUUGACUUGUUUGAUCUGCUUACUGCAGAAAGAUGACAUAUAUAUCCGCCUACUUUUCUGAGACAUGCAAAAUUUAUACCUUGUUUUUGAGGUGCAUGCCAAUCUGUUUAUUUGUGCCUCCAUUAUUUUGACAAGUUUUCAUCUGUCAAAGUUUUGAGGGGGGAGAGAGAUGGGUGGUGAUGAAGCAGCAGAAGAUCAGCAGCUACCGUUGCUCCAAUCUCUCAAAAGAACAGGUACCAUAUGGACUGCAAUAGCACAUAUUAUAACAGGUGUGAUAGGAGCAGGAGUAUUAUCUCUUGCAUGGAGUGUGGCUCAGCUGGGGUGGGUUGCAGGUCCAUUGCUUAUGAUUGUCUUUGCUUCAGUCACCAUUCUUUCCAACAACCUCCUCUCCGACUGCUACCGAUUCCCGGAUUCCGAUAGCCCGACGAGAGUCGGAUCCUACUUGGAAGCUGUCAAGGUCUACCUAGGAGAGAUGAGUCAAACAGUGUGUGCAAUAUUUGUACACGAGAGCUUGUAUGGCUGCGGAAUCGCUUACGUUAUUACAGCUGCUAGCAGCAUCAAUUCAGGUAGAAAAAAGACCUGGUUUUGUGGUUUCCUUCUAUAUUUCAGCAUGUUUGGAACUGGUAUUGCUUAUGUGAUUACCACUGCAACCAGUAUGAGAGCCAUUCAGAGAUCAAACUGCUAUCACAAAGAAGGGCAUGAAGCUUCCUGUCAAUAUGGGACUGGUUUGUACAUGAUGCUAUUUGGACUUGUCCAGAUUGUAGUGUCACAAAUACCAGAUUUCCACAACAUGAAAUGGCUAUCAGUUGUUGCAGCAAUCAUGUCGUUUGCCUACUCUUUCAUUGGACUUGGCCUCGGCAUUGCGAAAUCAAUAGAAAAUGGGAGGAUUCAAGGAAGCCUGGCAGGAGUGCCAACCUCUAAUGUUGCUGAUAAAUUAUGGUUAGUCUUCCAAGCACUUGGAGACAUCGCUUUUGCCUAUCCGUACUCUAUUAUUCUUCUUGAAAUUCAGGAUACUUUGAAGUCCCCUCCACCAGAAAAUCAGACAAUGAAGAAGGCCUCAAUGAUUGCCAUAUUUGUCACAACCUUCUUCUACCUCUGCUGUGGAUGCUUUGGAUACGCCGCCUUUGGGAAUGACACGCCCGGGAACCUCUUGACAGGAUUCGGAUUCUACGAACCCUACUGGCUCAUUGAUUUUGCUAAUGCUUGCAUUGUUCUUCAUUUGGUGGGAGGAUAUCAGGUCUACAGUCAACCAGUAUUUGCAGUUGCUGAGAGAUGGUCUAGGAAGAAAUACCCAAACAGCGGAUUUGUGAACAACUUUUACUCCAUCAAAAUCCCAUUGUUGCCAAGAUUUCAAGUGAAUCCCUUCAGGCUGUGUUUCCGAACUGUUUACGUUGUGUCAACUACCGCAAUUGCGAUGAUAUUUCCUUACUUCAACCAGGUUUUGGGAGUUUUAGGGGCCUUGAACUUUUGGCCUUUGACUAUAUAUUUCCCUGUUGAAAUGUACUUUGUACAAAAGAAAAUCGGGGCUUGGACAAAAAAAUGGAUUGUUCUAAGGACAUUUAGUUUAGUUUGCUUUCUUGUGACGGUUGUGGGUGUGAUUGGAUCAGUUGAAGGACUUAUUAGUGCCAAACUUAGCUAGGCAAGUACAGAGAAUAUUGUAAUUUCCUUCAAAAUAUUACAAAAUUUUAUUGUUUCCA